UGCACACUCCAGAGAGGCAGCGGAAGAGAGGGGCUCCGGUUCCCUGGGACCCCAGUCCUGCCCAGAAGGCUCAUGGAGCCCGGAGCACGCAGGGCCCUCCUCUCGAGGGCUAGCAGCUUCCUUCUGGACCUGUAACCUAGCCGCCAUGGCGCACGGUUUCUCAGUGGGUUUCGACCCACUGGGCCUUGGAGACCUAAGCUCUGGCUCUCUGAGCUCCCUCUCCUCCCGAGGCCACCUGGGCAGCGACUCAGGCUCCGCAACGCGAUACCUGCUGAGGAAGCAACAGCGGCUGCUGAAUGGGCCCCCCCGCGGAAUCCGAGCCUCAUCGCCCAUGGGCCGUGUCAUCCUCAUCAACUCCCCCAUCGAAGCCAACAGUGAUGAGAGUGACAUCAUCCAUGCGGUCCGAGUGGAGAAGAGUCCAGCAGGGAGGCUGGGGUUCAGUGUGCGGGGCGGCUCUGAGCAUGGCCUAGGCAUCUUCGUCAGCAAGGUGGAGGAGGGGAGCAGUGCAGAGCGGGCUGGCCUGUGUGUGGGGGACAAGAUCACCGAGGUGAACGGGCUGAGCCUGGAGAGCACCACCAUGGGAAGCGCUGUGAAAGUCCUGACAGGCAGCAGCUGCCUGCACAUGAUGGUGAGGCGCAUGGGCCGUGUGCCGGGCAUCAAAUUCUCCAAGGAGAAGACCACAUGGGUGGAUGUGCUGAAUCGGCGGCUGGUAGUGGAGAAAUGCAGCUCAACGCCAUCUGAGAGCAGCUCAGAGGACGGUGUGCGGCGCAUCGUUCACCUCUACACGACCUCGGACGACUUCUGCCUGGGCUUCAAUAUCCGUGGGGGCAAGGAGUUUGGCCUGGGCAUCUACGUGUCCAAAGUGGACCAUGGUGGGCUGGCCGAGGAGAACGGCAUCAAGGUGGGAGACCAGGUCCUGGCUGCCAAUGGUGUCAGGUUUGACGACAUCAGCCACAGCCAGGCCGUGGAGGUGCUGAAGGGCCAAACACACAUCAUGAUGACUAUCAAGGAGACUGGCCGGUAUCCUGCCUACAAGGAGAUGGUUUCUGAGUACUGUUGGCUGGACCGACUGAGCAAUGGGGUGCUGCAGCAGCUGUCCCACGCCUCUGAGAGCAGCUCCAGUGUCUCCUCAUACGCCUCCAGUGCCCCCUACAGCUCGGCUGAGGGCUCUGGCUCUCUGCCCUCUGACCGCAUGGAUGUCUGCCUGGGGCCUGAGGAACCCAGCAGCCGUGGCCCAGGCUGGGGGCGAGCAGACACAGCCAUGCAGACGGACCCAGACAUGGGGGGCCGCUUGGAGACCUGGUGCAGCGUGCGGCCCACAGUCAUCCUCAGGGACACAGCCAUUCGCUCUGAUGGACCCUCACCUGCCCGUCGCCUUGGCUCUGCUCUCUCUGAGUCCCCCAAGACUGCUCUGCUGCUAGCCCUCAGCCGACCCCGGCCCCCCAUCACACGCUCCCAGAGCCACCUGACUUUGUGGGAGGAGAAGCAACAGCGGAAGAAGGAGAAGUCGGGGUCCUCCGGGGAGAAGGGGGCCCUGCAGCGCUCCAAGACACUGAUGAACCUCUUCUUCAAGGGAGGGCGGCAGGGGCGGCUGGCGGGGGACGGGCGCAGAGAGGCCUGGACGCUGGAGAGAGGGAGCCCGGCCAAGCCCCGUCCACGCCUGGACAUGGAGAAAGGUGACCCCCCAAUCCCCCCCCCCAUUUGGGGCCUGGGCCUGCUGUUGAGCCUUUUCUUCUUAGCAGGGGGAGUGGGACCUGUGCAGAAGUUUGUUACCUGGAGACUAAGACGAGACCGAGAGAGGGGCCGGGCCCUGCUCUCUGCCAGGUCUGGGAGCCCCUCCAGCCAGCUGCCCAAUGUGGAUGAGCAGGUACAGGCCUGGGAGAGCCGGCGGCCACUUAUUCAGGACCUGGCCCGGCGGCUGCUGACUGACGAUGAGGUGCUGGCCGUCACCCGCCACUGCUCCCGGUACGUUCAUGAGGGCGGCGUGGAAGACCUGGUGAGGCCCUUGCUGGCCAUUCUGGACAAGCCGGCAAAGCUGCUGCUGCUGCGGGACAUCAGGAGUGUGGUGGCCCCCACAGACCUGGGCCGGUUCGACAGCAUGGUGAUGCCAGUGGAGCUGGAGGCUUUUGAGGCCCUCAAGAGCCGGGCAGUACGGCCACCUGCUUUGCGACCAGCCCGGCAAGACACACCACCCAAGCGUCACCUCAUCACCCCUGUGCCUGCCGUGGAGGCUUCUACCUGCUGCCUGCGAAUGGCUUCUCUGAAGAGGAAGAUGAGGGGGAGCUGA